GUACUACCUCAUAAUCACAGUAACUCAGUAAGUACUUAUCCUAGAUGAAAAACGAAAGCUGCUGCCCUUUCCCAACUGUCUUGGAUAUAUUUUGUUGACUUUGUUCCUUAGCAGAAAAUAUCAGAGCAAAUCUUAGAUGGUCACCCUCAAAUAUUAUUUACCCAAAAUAUGUGGUAGCUAUGGUACUGUUUUUUACCUUCACGUGAUGAAUCAGAUCAUCAAUAUUCUCAUUUUUUUACUGCAUCCUCAACUUCAACUUCCCUCCACAUUUUUAUUGGCUUAAUCCCAGUAUCCCGAAUUUACCGGAGUAAAAAGCAGAAAUUUGAUGCUGUCUCUUUUUAGCUUGUUGAUGAAUCCUUGUUGCACAUUCAAAUAGGUAAUACCUUUAUUCGGUUCUUCCGGUAGAAGGGCAAGGAGCGGCACAACUUUGGAUCUCACCCGAAACCCGUGGAUAUCGGGUGCAUCACUUCAAACUACCAGAAGAGGAAUGGAUAAUAAAUCAUUUCAGCAGCCAGGGGCCCACACCACUUCUCUUCUCUCAAAGACUCCCUCUCUAGUCUCUACUCUCUAUAUAUUGUAUGAGUGCGGGUCGGGUCGUCAUGAAUUCCCUCCCCCAACAAAACUAAGUUAAAUUACUCUCGCCGUCGUCAAUUUCGGUGGUUAGGGAUGGGCGUUUCCGGCGCCGCGGCGUCGGCAUAUGAAUGGUUUUGUAAUACUGUGUUGGUGAAUCGCUGGACAUUUCUUUUCCUCUCCCCCGUUGUGGCAAUUUCGCUCCCCAGACGCGUCGGAUUCGACUGGAGGCUCGACGGCGCCACCUUCUUCGUAGUCCUCUUCCUCUAUAUGUCGUGGAUGAACAGUGAAGGCGACGGCGGCGGCGGCGGCGGCGGCGACGACGGCGGCGACGGAGACGACGGCGUCGGAGUAUUUGAGAUGUAUAAGCAGUACUUUCUUCCUCUGAUUGCUCUGAUCGUACUGGUCCAAGGCUAUUCCUCGCGAUGGAGGCUGUCGCUUGCAUUUUACGCCUUGGCCGUUAUUGUGUUCCUCUCGUUGCUCCCUACUAUUUUGACGGCGAUUUUUACCAUGGCGACGGCGUUUCUUGCGGCGAUUAUUGGUGGGGGAGAUUCCGACGAAGAAGAGGACGGCGACGACGGCGACGAUGACGACUAGCUGUAGAAGAGCCCAGUGCAGUGGUUCUUUG